AUGGAGAUGGCGAGUGCGCGGAGGAGGGCCAAUAAGGCUCAGUGCGGCGGCGGCGGCGACCAGCAGAUCGCGCUGUGGGGCGCCUGCGUGCUCCUCUCCGCCCUCUCGCUGCUCGUCGCCGCCGCCUCCUCGGGGUUCGGCGCCGCGAGGCUCACCGCCCGGGAGGUCGGCGCGCUCGUCAGGGCCACCACGACCGGCGCUGCCGCCGUCGCCACCCGCGCCGUGAACGACGGCGGUGGCAGCAGGUACUGCAGCGACGAUGACGACCUGGUCCGCAGCAUGUCCGUCGACGGGGAGUGGGUGCGCGACGCCGUCGACGACCGCCGCCGCGGCGCGCUGUACGAGCCGGGGCAGUGCCCGUUCGUCGACGUGGGGUUCCGGUGCCGCGAGAACGGCCGGCCGGACGGCGAGUACGCCAAGUGGAGGUGGCAGCCGAGGCGCUGCACGCUGCCAAGUUUCGACGCCACGAGGCUGCUCGAGAUCCUCCGGAACCGGCGGCUGGUGUUCGUCGGCGACUCGAUCGGGCGGAACCAGUGGGAGUCCAUGCUGUGCAUGCUCGCCUCGGCCGUCGCCGCCGGCGAGGGCUCCAACUCCAUAUACGAGGAGAACGGGAGCCCCAUCACCAAGCACAAGGGCUUCCUCUCCUUCCGGUUCCGUGACCACAACUGCACGGUGGAGCACUACCGGUCGCCGUACCUGGUCCGGCGCGGCCGCCCGCCACGCCGCUCGCCGAAGCGCGUCGGCACCACGCUCCAGCUGGGCGCCAUGGAUUCCAGGGCCGCCCGGUGGAAGGACGCGGACAUCUUGGUGUUCAACACGGGCCACUGGUGGAACCAGGAAAGGCUGCAGCGAUUAGGAUGCUACUUCCAGGACGGCAAGAAGCUACAACUGAACAUGAGCGUCGAGGACGCGUACCAAAGAGCGAUGAACACACUGCAGAAAUGGAUCCAGAAGGAAGUGAACGCCGUAAAAACACUGGUCGUGUUCCGAACGUACUCACCGGCACACGUCAGGGUCACGGACGGUGGAGGAGGGUGUGCCGCGGAGACGCUGCCGGAGCUGAACACGUCGAGGAUCGCGCUGCACCGGUGGCCGGGCGUACUGAACCCGACUUUUGACGAAGCACCGGAGAAGAAAUUGCACGUGCUGAACGUCACCCUGAUGACGGCGCAGAGGAGAGACGGCCAUCCGUCGGUGUACAACAACGUGGUGCCAUCGUCGUCGAGGACGACGACGACGCCGGCGGGGCAGAGGGCGGACUGCAGCCACUGGUGCCUGCCCGGCGUGCCGGACGCGUGGAACGAGCUCCUCUACGCUUUGAUUGUCAGGAGGUUCUCGUGA